CUAGUUUGUCCCGAUGCGGCCUCCGCAGACACUCCGUGCCUCCCCUCCUCCCGGCAGCAACCGCCUCUCUUCCCUUCAAUUAUCAGCUGAAGCCGCAGCACCAAGCAGCGCCUCGUCCGCCGCCUCCGCCGCCGAACCCCUUCCAGCAGCGCGAGGGGGAGGCUGGGGGACUACUUUCUCCCGGCGACGGGGCCCUGCCGGGGCCUGCGCGCCCCCUGGGCCGACGGGAGGCCCCUGCCCCGGCUGCCGCCCCCCACGCAGCCUCCGCUGCAGCCGUGUGCGCGCCCUGCUCCCUGCGCUCGGCGGGGUCGGUCUUCGGUGGUCAGUAUCCCUCCGCCGGGGUCGUCACCCCUGGGUCCGCGCGAGUGUCUCCGCUCGGGUAAUUUUUAGGUGGUGGAAAAUCUCACUUAGGAAUGAAUUUCGUGAAUCAAGACCUGGAGAAAUUAAAGAAUCCCAGGAGGACUUUUUGGAUGAUUCAUCUCUUCAUAGCAGCUGGGUAAGGAGACUGCAAGAGACUGCUGUUAGUGCUGCAUUGAUGGAAAGACUGCACACUCUCAGCUCAAGUGACUGGAUGAUAUAUGCACAAACCAUGGAAAAAGUUUCAAUCAGCACUCACAGUUUGUAACAAAAUAAAUCUUUAAUUCCAGUUAUUACUACUUGUUUUGACUAGAAGGGGCAUGAAUGUAUCAUGAACCAAUAGAAAAUGGACUGCCUGUUGAAUUUGGCCAGCACUCAGAGAAUCAUUAAAUAUGCUAUGCUUUUUUGCAGUAGGUGUUUGUAAUUGCUCCGUGAGUUGCGGCAAAGAGUAGCACUGCAUUUUAAUUUGACAAAAUUCAUUAUCCAUUUUUAUAAACUUGAGCUUUCAAAGAAGUAGUCUUCUAUACUUUUUGCCAAGAAUUACAUAGAAUUUUUAGCUGAGUUUUAGCAAUAGGUUUCAGUGUUUUUAUUUUCAAAAUUUAAUUUCAAUUUAUUUUCUUAUUUACCUCGUAAAAGUAGAUUUGAUAUGUGAAUAUAUAUUGGUGAGGAUUUUAGCUUGGGGUUUUUUCCACAUUGUUUACACUGUAAGAUUUUCCUGUGGCAUUUGAUAUUAAUAUAAUGUCACAAUAAAACAUCUGGUUUACAUCACCUGGGUACAAUAGUGUGUGUUUUCCGUAGGUUAUGAAUCAAGCUUUUUCUUGAAAAGUGUUAUUGGUGGUUCAGAGGUUUCCCAUCCUAUAGGAAGUAUUGAAAGCCACAGUUGCCAUUUCCUAACACUUAGUCAUUUCUUCCUCCUUCUAAAAUUAUCUUUAAAAUCAUAUAUGGGGUUUUCCCUCUGGGUUUUAGUAAAAUUGUAAUAUAAAAUAAAAGUGGGGGUUUUUUUUGGUUUUUGUUGUGUUUUUUUCUUUCAGAAAAAUGCUAACAUAAAUACGAGUAUUACAAAUACAAAUUACUAUGUUUGUGAGAAGUUGCAUUGUUAUAUUGAUAUUAUUUCUGUCCAUAGCUCUUGCUGUUCCACACAAUCAGAUGUUUUUACACCUCCUUCUCCCCUCCUGUUAAGGGGAGCUUUGCUGCUCUUCUAAAUAUUCGCAGAUACUAUUUUUUUUCCAUAAUUCUCCACAAAUAUAUAUACUAGAAUAAUAUUCUAGUUAUCCUUACUGAAUUUUUUGCCAAAUGAUGGUUCAAAUAAAAGACUCCUUGCCAGACCCAUGGUUUUCUGCUAAGUAUUUGAUACACCCCUACCAGUACAAUGUUUAUCUGUUAUUAAGUAUUACUAUUUCCUGUUGUUAUCUCCUAAUUCUCAUUCCUAAGAUUUUAGCAGUUUUCACAUGGUCAGAGAUUUUUAGAGAAAAAUUGUUAAAAAAAAAAAAAAGCUUAAAUUAUUUCUAAUAGGCAUAGGAAGAAGAGUCCCCUGCAAAUGAAACAUUUUAUCAAUAGCCUAUACAGGCAUUUAAACAUCCAAUAGAAAAUUGAAGAAGUAAACAUUUUAUAAUAAACAUUAACAUUUUAGUAAAUUUAUACUAACUACCAUACAGCUGUAAUCUUUGCUUUGAAGUGUUUUCUUUUCUUUUUGGACAGUGAGGUAAGGUAUCAUUAGUUUCUUUUCAUAAUCUCAAUAGAGCCAAGAGGGAAGAGCAAGAUUUUGUAUAUGGCUAGAUUUUCAUUGCGGUUUUGCAAAGAUGGAAAAUGAAUUGAUGAUAAUGUAGGGCAAGAGAAGAGAGAUCUGUUUACAUUUUUGGAUGAGUGAACAAAUAGUACAAGUCAUCAAGUAGUAACCAGCACUCAUAGGAUGAAAAUUUCACAGAAAAACUGAAGUUCAGUAUACUUUCACAGUUAGUUCAUCAUUAGCUGCAGAUACAUUUAUAAAGCAAGAUAAAUACAGCUAAAUAUAUUUUUAAAAUAUAUUUUAAAAUAGCCAAACCAGGUCACAUUAUUAUUUCUAGAAAUAAAAAAAUUUCAAGAAAAACUCAAGGAGCAGCAAGUAUUCAUGUGUAGCCUGCUUAAUCAUUCAACAUGAAGUAGAUGCACACUACAAACAUUAUCGUCAUUCCUAGUGUGUGAAUAUGUGGAUCAUUCUUACAUACCAGCUUGAAUUAGAUCAGCCAGACAAUUUUUAGUUGACUCUGUAGAUCAUUUUUGUACUUGCAUAAGGAAUUUGAGGAAAAUUACCAACUAUAUAGAACUGAGAUGCUUGGAAAGCAAAAAAGCAAGUAAGAACCGACAGCAAACUGUUUGCACAUGCAGUAUGACAUAGCAACAGAAAAGGAACCUUGAACAGGAUUGGGCCAUCUACCCAAAGACAUGAAGGCAGAUAAGGUGAUAGCUUCCUUCUAUGUAAUUACCUUAGGAAUAUUUGGAACAAAAAGAUAAGAAAAAAUCUUAACAUCUUAACAGUGAAAUCAUGUAAUUUGGAAAACUCUUUCAAAUGUAUUCACAAAAGCUUCAGUUCUGUAACUCAUCUUACAAAAUAUUUUGGAAGGAAAACUGCUGCAUCAAAAUUGGAUGCACUUACUGCCUAUCGUCAGUAGAGUUUCAACUUCCAUAAUUCUGUUUCUUUCUCCAUUUGUGACUUUAACAUAUAUGAGAAGAUAGACUCUAGUUGGUUAAAAAAACAAACCAAAAGAAAAAAUCCCCAAAACAACCCCCCUCCUUCUCCAUUUUGGAUGCAUUAGAAUAAUUUCAUAAUACAAAAAGUAGUAAUUCAUUAAAUGCUUUGAAUUUAAACUUUUCAUCCUUAUGUUCCUGUCCCUGUAUGAAAAGAAAAAAAAAAAAGAAAAAAAUCCUUUGCAAAUCUAGAUGACUGCAUUCGUGUCGUCAGAUCUUAGGAAACAACAUGCAGCUCCAAAAUUUACCACUGAUCAUUCAAAUUGAAUUCAGGGUCCUGUUUUAUAAUGAACUAGUAUUUUGAUUGUAGCAAUUUGAUAAAAUAGAUAAAUGAUCUGAAGAAACAGUGUCAAAUUCAAAAGGCUAAGUUCCAAGUUGGAUGCUGAAGCACAAAUAAUCGACUGUAUGAAUGCAGGAUGGGGAGUAGCUCACUAAGUAGCAGGAAAAGAAUUUGGUGUUGUACUGGAUCACAAAGUGAAUGAGUCAAAAAAUGUCACGUCACUGUAGAAGAGAACUCUCUUCAAUUUCAUUUUAGUGGUUUAAUUGUACCUACAUCAGAUAAGAGGCAGAACUACACGGACUCUUAAUGUCAGAGCAAUCAUUAUUUUCCCCAAUGCAUACAACUGAAGUACUUUUUUUCAAUUGUUUUACUCCUGAGUAAAUAGCACAGUCUUUAUGUAAAUAAGUAUAGAUGGAUGUGGAAAAGUGGACCACAUGGAUCUGGACAAGUUUCAGUUCAGCUUUGUUGCUGUUUUAAUGUUCCUCAGCUGAGACAAGAGUUUGCUGUAUACAAGACAAUGUACAGUUUUUUAAUUAAAGCCUUGUUUUACUGCUCAGGCUUCCUGGAUAUCACUAGCAACUCUUAAGAUCAAUUGAUAUACUAUAAAUUACUAUUGUUCAAUGUAAGAUGUUUAACGUUAUUUUUUCUACAAAACAUCCAAAAAAUUGAGCUGACUUUUCUGAUAUUUUUUUAAAGAUGUGUCUGAAUAAUGUGGGAUUAUUGGGAAGAAAUUUUAGGCUUUAACAGAUCUGUUGUCUCUUGGGUUUGGUUUUGUUUUUUGGUUUUUUUA